AUGGGUGAUAAUGUCCAAGAAAACGUAAGAGUUGGAGAGGAUGUUCCGACUGUAAGAGAACAACCAAGGGUGGAAAUAAUUAAUAGAAUUUCAGGAUUUGAAUUUAAUAUUAAUCAUAUAAUUGGAGCGGCUAGAUGUCCUAAAGGAUCGGGGGAACAAAAAUAUCUUGAAGAGGCGUUUAAUAAGCUUGAAACAGAAAUUCAGACAGAUAAAUUUUAUUAA